CCGGCAACUUUGGUGUUAUGAGCCUGCGCUCUAACCACCUGAGCCAACUGGCCGCCCUCCCUUCCUUAUAAUAAGCAGAAAAUCAGAGCUUGUCUUUCCCUCAUCCUCACGGGUUGGAACUCCCAUGGGAGCUUCAGGGGUGUGAAGCCAGGUGUCUAGAAGCGCACGUCUGUAUGCAGCCUGGACACUGCCACUGCUAAGGCAGGGGAUCCCUGGAGCCAUGAGGGUCUGGGGGCAGACUCAGACCCAGUGAACAAGGCUCCCCCAAAUACUGCUGGUUCUAGAAAUGACAGCUAGUGAGAGCACAAGGUCCAGGGUCAAAUCUGGAAUCUCGAAACAGACACCCUGUUCUCACCCACAGUUUCUUGUCAAUUUUGUACAACUCCUCUCUUUCCACUAACAGAACUGGUGCAAAGUCGUCACUGCUCCUCAGAGACUUCUUGUUCCCCUUUAAACAUGCCUUGGCUCUUUUGAGGUGGUGCCCCGGAGUGGGCAUGGGCAGCGCAGGGAGGUGGGUGCUGGUCUGGGGCUCAGAGUUGCCUGGGACCUCCCAGGCCCGCUGUGCAAGGUGCUGGUUAGACACGAGGCCUUUUAUUCUCCCUUUCCAAAUGUUUUCCCACGAUUGGAACCUUCUUUAAAAUACUCUAUGCCAACGGUAUGAGACGAUGGUGAGGGCGAGUGCUGGGGGUGGCCCCUUCCUCUCUUGUCUUAAAAGCAGAUAGCUGAUAUCUGCAUCCAAUUAAAGUGGAAAAGAACCUGCACAAACAGAAACCUGAAAACUCCGUCCCAGAACUCUUCCCAGUGGACAGAGCCAGGUUAUGUGUCUCCCCGUGUGGACGGCUGUAUGCCUGGCCAGCAUCAAGCACUCUUGGGGGCAGAGGACAGAGGGUCAGGGACCUGACAGGGUUUCACUGUGCUUCCCUGGGGUAAAAGCACUGGGCAUACUGUGUGCACAUAUUCGACAAAGGAUUCUGUCCACCAGAUCACUGAAACGUCCAGUUAUUUCCACACUGCCCUCUGUCCUGGGAACUAAGUAUCCACUAAAAAUAGCCUGUGCUGGACGCACACCCUCAGAGGUCCCUGCUGGGCUGAGGCUGCCCGAGGGGACUGCAGUGGGCGCAGGCGCCUCCUCACCCAGCUGAACGCAGGACUGCCCAAUAGUGCAGGCCCAAAGGGCUGGCUGUGUCCUCCGCUGGCCUCUGCCGAUGGCCACCAGCACAGCAUCAGCGCCGGUCCUCUCCACAGGCAGCCCCACCUCCAGGGUGCACUCCUGGGGUUUGUGCAUCUGACACAAAUUCCAAGAAGUAAACACCACCUAGUCUCUAUCCAAGUCUUGAGAGUUUCCUGUUCUCCGAGCCAGUCUGUGGACAGCACUCACAUCUGCACUUCAUCAACCCAGAGCGGCGCCUAUGCGCACAGCAGACGGGGCGGCUGGAGGGCCGGCCAGAUCCAGCCCCCAGAGGCCCCUCUUCUCGGGCCUGCGCCGUGGAGACCCCCAGUCAGGGCGUGGGUGACUGGAAGACAAACAGCCUCACAGUCUACUAAGCGGAACACACGGUUGCCAAACCUCCUGCGCGUCUCCGCUUUAAGAUAAAAACUCCUGUUUGUCCGUGUGCUAGUACAUGCUGGUACUGCAGCUAGACCCCACGACAGAACCCAAGACCCACGAUGCUGGAGGACAGGACGGGCCCUUCAGGUGGCUCAGGGAGCAGAGCCCAUGGCUUGGCUUCCGUUCCCCUGCAGAACCCCCUAGUCACAGGAUGGAUGAAUGGACAUGGGGGAGGGGUUCUCUGAAGACAGUGUCACUCCUAACUCAAGUUCAGCUACUAGGACUGCUGCCCCACCCCCCAGCUUCCCACUCUGCCAUGAGCCAGACUCUGGGGAAAUGGCUGAGGGUGUAGGACCUGAUGAACUGACAGGAGCACCCCCAGCCCCUGCCUAGGAUUUCCUGGGGGUCCUGGCCCCCCUCGCCGCCCAAUCUGGAAAGACAGCUGGAUGUUUCUGGCCCAGCAGCUGCUCCUGGGACAAGCAAAGCAGGUGCUUCUGUAUCUGAAACCCUGUGUUGCUUUUUAUCAGAAAUUAGCCAUUUAGAGACUACCUAAGAAUAAGUGAUUUACAUAAGUAAGGAGGGGAAUUGGUUCCCUUCUGAUGGAGACUUGGGAAAACUUCCUUUUCGAGGCCUCAAUCCAUUGCACUGUGGGCUCAGGAACUCUAUUUGAACUGCUGGCCCCCGUCUUCCUCGGAGAAGGGGCUGCGUGUGGGUACCACCGGGCCCUGCCUCAUCCAGCCCCUGGUGCUGCGAGAACAGGUCCACAGGGAGGAGGGGAACAGGAACGGCAACUUUUCUCCUGGCACAAGCCAAGGAAAGACGGAAAGUGGGAAAAUCCUAAAAUAGGUCAAAUCCCUCAGGGAACUGAUGGACGGACAUUUUUCGGGACCCACAACUCUCCCAAGGCCACCUGCCUUUCAGGAACACAGACUGGAUGAUGUGGGGGGGACUCGCCUUGCGUGCUGCACCUACAGGCACCAUGCAAACAUGAAAUGGAAAGCACUGUGGGCAGGGGCUCUGGGGGCUUCCAGGGCGGGCGGGCCCCUGCUUGGCGUCCACACAGACUGGGAACUCUCCGGAGCUCUAGAAGCGGGAGGUGAAAGGGGAGGGCUGAGACCAGCCCAGUUGUCCCUCACUGAGGUCAUCUCAUCAUCUCCGUGACCUCUCUGAGCCCCAACUUCCUCUCUUGUGAGUGAGGGCACUCCUCCCUACACCUUGGGGCAGCACGUGCUAUUACCCGGAGCCCCAGGGGUUUUACUGCACAUCGUAGAUGGGUGCUCACAUACCAUGGUGCACAUGUGCCUUUUUAUUCAUUCGCAGCUCUGGGGUGCUGGCUGGGUGAACGGCUCUGUGCUGGAUGUGGGUCUGCGAGGUGGUGUCACAGACCCUCUUACUGUGUUGGUCUGCCGGCUCAGAGACGCUUGAGCAGAACAGACGGAGGUCUGUACGAGCCCCCAGCAGCUGAACGGCUCUGUUCAAAGUACACCAGCACACCCAAGAAAUGGACCUGGUCCCCUAUCAGCUAUGCAGUUUGAUAGUCCCAUCAGCAGCCAACAGCCCAGGCCAGAAGCCACAUUUGUUCAAUCCCCUUCAGGCCUCCCUGGACGCCCUGCAUGGCAUGUCCAGGGCCCUGCCUUCUUGAUUCUCGAGCAUGAUGCCCUGGAUGCCCUGGUGUGGCUGUUCCCUAGGUGAGGCCCUUGACCUGUCAGAUCGAGGCAAGGGGGUCUGAGCUGGAAGGUGAGGGCCUAUCUCAGGGGCCUGUUCAUUACAGCUGGCUGUUCCGCUACCCUGCCCUCCAGGCAGUCCCCUCCUCUAUCUGUAUCUCCCUGUGACUAGGGCAGGCCAUGGCAGACUGCUUGCUGGGGAAAGGACCAAGGGCUGGGCGGGUGGCUGGUCAGCAGGGCCCUACCUGCCCCGAGCUUCGGGCCGCUGUCCCCGGGCCCAGGCCUCGUGAGCACCGUGCCCAGGGCACCGUGGGCAGCACUUGCCCCUGCAGCUGCUCCACGGUACCUGAGCGCCUGACUGGCCGUCUCCAAGGCAGCCAGGUGGGACCGUGGGUCUGUUCUGGGCCGGCACCACAGGCCCUCCCUUUUGGAAAGGAAGACGGGGAGGAGCUGGGGAGGAGGGUCCCAGAGUAGGACUUCAGAAGGCCCCCCCUGCCUUUCCUAUCAGGAAACACAUCCUGUUAGUGUCUGGCUGCUGUGGCCGGCAGCUAUUUGUUGCAGUUGGAUACGCCCUCCAGCUCACCAAAAACAGCCUCAAAAACAACCAUUUCCUCUCUGCUGAGAGACAGGGGGAAAACGCACGCGCGCGUGUGCGCGCGCACACACACACACACACACACACACACACACACACACACACACACACACACUCACUUCCCUGCAGCAGGCUCUCUGCUUUCCAGGACCAGCCGUUUUGUGGCGGAGGCACCAGGCAGGGGCUUGGGCAGCACGGAGGCUGCUGAACCCACUGCUCCCAGAGGCCCUGCUCAGAGCCCGGCUACCGUGCGAGCUUUGCUCUGAGCUCAGCUGGUUCCAAGGAGUGAGGCCCAGCUGACCCCACGUUGCCGCCUGUCUCUCGUCUCCAGUGACUCUCGGUUCUCCCGUGUCGGGAAGAAGAGGCUUCCAGCCUCCCUGGGCCUCUGCUUCCCAGGACGACAGCGUGCUCAGGACUUGGGGCUCUCGCUGGUGCUCUGCUGCCUUCCCGGGAUGGGCCACACAGCUGCCUUCACCUCAGGCCUGGCCCUGCUCCAGGUGCAGGAAGGAGGGUAAGGGGGACCGUGAGACGGGCUCACCUGCACCUGUCACACGGGCCUUCCUGACCCUCCAAGAAUGAGUGGUGAUGUCCUCUAGCCGCCCCUAGCAGCGUCUCGGUUCUCCCUGGCCAUAGCAGCUGACUGGGUCUGGGACUUUCUCCACGACACGCGGACGGCACUGGCAGUCGGCGAUGACCGUCCAGAAACUGGUGGCUACGGCCGUGCUUGUGGCCCUGGUCUCUCUUGUCCUCAACAACGCGGCAGCCUUCACCCCCAACUGGGUGUACCAGACGCUGGAGGACGGGCGCAAGCGGAGUGUGGGGCUGUGGAGGUCCUGCUGGCUGGUGGACCGGGCCCGGGGAGGGCAGAGCCCCGGGGUCAGGCCUGGGCAGGCGGAUGCACGGGACUGCGAGGCCCUGGGCUGGGGCUCCGAGGCGGCAGGCUUCCAGGAGUCACGAGGCACCGUCAAACUGCAGUUCGACAUGAUGCGUGCCUGCAAUCUGGUCGCCACGGUGGCUCUUGCUGUAGGCCAGCUUACCUUCGUCCUUGGGAUGAUGGGCCUACCCCUGAUGUCACCCGAUUCCCAGUGCUGGGAGGAGGCCAUGGCAGCUGCGUUCCAGCUGGCAAGUUUUGUCCUGGUCAUCGGACUGGUGACAUUCUAUAGAAUUGGCCCCUACACCAGCCUAUCCUGGUCUUGCUACCUAAACAUUGGCGCCUGCCUCCUGGCUACCCUGGCGGCGGCCAUGCUCAUCUGGAACAUUCUUCACAGAAGAGAGGACUGCAUGGCACCCCGGGUGAUUGUUAUCAGCCGCUCCCUAACGGCGCGGUUUCGCCGCGGGCUGGACAACGACUACGUGGAGUCCCCAUGCUGAGGGCCGCCGGGGAGGGGCCCUGCUUAGGACUUUAUUGACUGUUAAGGAACAAUCUAGAAACCAACGGGCUGCCUGUGCAGAGGCGGGUGAUUCGUAUGGCUUCCUAUAUAUGCAUAUGUACGAUACACAGGUAUGUUUACUGUUCUAUAUAAAUAUAUUCUAUGAUCAUAUAUUGUCUGUGCCAGCCUCCUCCUGACACACUCACAACCUGACUUCACGCUCACGCAUGUCGCAAGGAGGAGACUAGCACCUGAGAGGCACAUGAGGAGCGGCGGCUGUCCGGCUCGGCACCCUGGUCUGGGGUUAAUUUAUUCUGCGUCUGCAAAGAGGGGCGUCCGUGGCCAUCUUUACUUUGGUAAAGCGAACACCUGGGGAGAUUUUUCUGGAACUGGCCAUGCUCUUCCUCGAGUGGCUCAGAAUUUAUAGCCAGAGGAUUACAGCUUUACGACAGGAUGGAGUGAAUAACGUCUGUUUGCGCCGGAUUAUUUUUCUAAGUUAAAAUAAAAUGCAAACCUGUUACCACUGUCUCAAAUGUGUGUUGCCUCCAUCUACAGUGCCACAGAGUGAAAAGAAUUUGGCCUGUUUUCUGUCAUUUUUGUGGGCUGGUGGUAAGAGAAGGGUUGAGACAUUUUUAAAGAUCUGGCGGGAGCGUGGCUUCGGGUCCCUCACGUCCUUACUCAGGCUUCCAUUCACCUGAACCUCAGAAGCCCAUGUUCCUGGACUGUUCACACUGUGGCACUAUGAUGGUGGAUACACAAUUGGCAGGGUAAGAGGGGAAAAGUCUAUUUGUUUAAAGAAAUUCAGAGAUCGGUUCACUCUCUUCCCCUAUAAAAUCUUUAGCCUGUCAGCCCAGUGCUCCGUGGGCUACAGAAUGCCUUCACGAUGCUACACUGAUUCCAAACAACCCAGCUCCUAAAUCUGUGAGAGGUGAACAGGCCGAAACUUGCCAGGCUGAACAGGAAACACCUAACAACCGGCCACGCCCCUGGAGACUUGGGACAGGGGACAGGGGACAGGGGAGAGGACUGCCUGGGCCACAUCUACAAGCACAGUCCUCUAACAGCACCACCUAGAGGCAAAACCACUGUUGCCAUACUCUGGCCCAGCAAACUGAUCCAGGGAGCUGGUGGGUACCGAGCAAAAGCAGGGUAACACCCUGGCCAUCACUAACCCAAGAAACGUUCAGCUUUGUUACUUUCAACCUUCCAGAGAAGUGAGGUGACCAAAUUUGAAGCCAUAUUGCCCCAGGAUAGUCAGAAUGAAUGGCAGGUUGGGGUUGGCGCUUUAAAAACCAUCAAGCCAUCGAGAUGAUUUAAAAGCAUCUAUGGCCUGACCAUCUCUGCCGUCAGUAUAGAAACAUCCAGAUUCCUGGCCUACAACCAGUAGACUAAUGGGGAAUAUUUAGGUCUCAGCUUCCUCCCUCUGAGCUUCUUUCCGACAAUGGACUUUCCCCCAAAUGAUAUGCUAAAAAUAAUUGAUUUUUAAAAGAAUAAUGGAAUAUUUAAGAUGUAUAAUUUUAAUAAUAUUAUGUAUAUGACUAUAUAAAUG